AUGGUAUACAAUGCGACCAUGCCUCAAGAAAAGGUAUCUCCAAAUCAAGCACUUGAAUGGUGUCAACGUUUUCUAGGUGGUGCUUGGUCAACUUUAACUGUUGAAAAAAUACGUAUCGAUCGAAUUUCUGGUGGUUUAUCGAAUUAUCUUUAUUGUUGCUCAUUACCUGAUCAGAUUCAAACACAACAUAAUGAACCUCGAAAAGUUUUACUAAGAGUUUAUGGUGAAUCACAUCGAGAACAUCGUUCUACAUUACUUAAUGAUAGUGUCGUAUGUACAUUAUUAUCUGAAAGAAAAUUAGGUCCCCAUGUAUAUGGUAUAUUUCCUGAUGGACGACUUGAGGAAUUUGUUGAAGCUGAAACAUUACUUGUUUCGGAAAUUCGUGAUGAAAAUAUUUCAAGAAAAAUCAGUGGACUUCUUGGUAAAAUUCAUCAAAUUGAUAUGCCAUUAGUUAAAGAACCUAUAUGGUUAUUUAAUACAAUUGAAAGAUAUUUAUCUGAUAUAACAUUUAUUAUAAAUAAAUUAAAAGAUGACGAAGAUCGACAAAUAUUUCAAGAACUUCGAUCUGUAUGUAAUUUUACACAAGAAUUCGAACAUUUAAAAAAAUUAUUAUCUACUAUAGAUAGUCCUGUUUGUUUCACUCAUAAUGAUUUUCAACCAGGAAAUAUUCUUCGUUUAAACUGUGAAAGCGACAAUUUUACUGUUAUUGAUUUUGAAUAUUGUUCAUAUAAUUAUCGUGGUUUUGAUAUUGGAAAUCAUUUUUGUGAAUUUAUGUUUGAUUAUAAAUCAGCUACAGAAUGGCCUUUUUUCAAAGCUGAUUUUACUUGUUAUCCAAAUGAGAAACAACAAAUGAAUUUUCUUCUAUCAUAUAUUGAUGCAUUGAUUGCAAGUCAAGACAAAUAUAUUUACUCUAUACAUCAAAUAACUAAUGGUAUGGAUUAUAAUGAAAUAGAUUUUGAUCGAAAUAAACUAGCACGAAAAAUAAUAAAAGAAGCAAAUUAUUUUGCAUUGGCUGCACAUUUUUUUUGGACAUUAUGGGCAAUUCAUAUGGCAGUAUCAGCAACAAUUAAAUUUGGUUAUUUACAAUAUGCUCGAACACGUCUAACAGCUUAUUAUUUACAACGUAAUAUGUUAACAGACGUUAAUCAUAAUGAACUAACUCCGAUGGUGCCUCAAUUUACUGAAGAUUUACUUCGAUCAUCGAAAAAUCCAUUUUAUAAAUCAUAUAUAAAAACAGUUGAUAAAAUUAUCUGA